AUGUCCACCCAGUAUAAUUUCUCGCUGUGGAACAUUUGGGUGGCUUCUACGCUGCUUAAAAUUCUACUGUUUCCGGCCUACUACUCCACGGAUUUUGAUGUGCAUCGCAAUUGGCUUUCGAUCACCAAAUUAUUGCCCCUGAACAGGUGGUAUUUAGAAAACACGAGCGAGUGGACUCUUGAUUAUCCCCCUUUCUUUGCCUACUUCGAGUGGUUUUUGUCCCUUUUUGUUCCCGCUAGCGUAUCGCAAGAUGGCUGUAUCAGUCUUCUGGCUAAAGGAGAGUUUGGAAUGCCAACAGUUAUCUUCCAAAGAAGCACAGUCAUAGUGAGUGAAAUAGUACUCUUCAUAUCGCUGCAGUAUUUUGUUAGCAAGUCGUCCAAUCUGAAAGAGAAGAAGCGCAAUUUCGUGGUUGCUUCCUCUAUUGUCCUCUCGCCAGGCUUCUUCAUGGUGGAUCACAUUCAUUUCCAGUACAAUGGGUUUUUGAUGGGUAUCCUGGUUUUCUCCAUAGUCAACGCCAAGCUCGGUAACUAUCUUCAGUGCGGCUUCUGGUUUGCUGUUUUGUUGUGCUUCAAGCAUAUUUUCCUCUACAUUGCCCCUUCCUACUUCGUUUACCUUCUGUCAGCCUACUGUCUGGAUUCGCGAGCUAGAUUUCCAACCACUAUCAGCGAUACGUUCAAUUACGUGAAAUGGAAAAACCUAUUCAGGUUGGCUUCUGUUGUGUUGGGUGUGUUUGCGGUGGCAUUUGGCCCUUUCAUCUAUUAUGGGCAGUUAUACAUUGUCCUUCAACGACUGUUCCCUUUUUCAAGAGGACUCACGCACGCUUAUUGGGCUCCCAAUAUAUGGGCCAUAUAUUCUUUGAUUGAUAGGGUCUUGAUUCAGGUGGCAUUAAGAGUACCCGGUACGGCCCCUAUUCUAUCACUGAUCUUCAAACAAUUGGACCUCGAGAGAUUAAAAACUGCGAAUACCUUGACCCGAGGACUGGUAGGGGACGUCGAGUUCUUUGUUCUGCCUAAUAUACAGCCGAAUCACACCUUCCUAUUGACGCUAUUUUAUCAGUCACUGUCCCUGGUGCCUUUAUUCCUGAAUCCAACCUUUGAGCGGUUCAUCGGAUCCAUGACCUUGUGUGCAUGGGCGUCCUUUUUAUUUGGUUGGCAUGUUCACGAGAAAGCCAUCAUGCUUAUCAUUAUACCAUUCACUUUUCUGAUCCCGCGCGAUCGUAAGUUGCUUCCACUUUACGAAACUCUCACUGCUUCUGGUUAUGUCUCAUUGUUCCCGCUUCUUUUCGGUUCUGCUGAAUGGCUUUUCAAAGCACUGCUCACCUUUGUGUGGUUUGUGAUUUUCUCGAAUAGUUUCAAUGAGGUUUGCGAUUUCAGUUCCACAACGUCGCGUCGUGUCUUCAUAUUGGAUAGGCUCAAUUUCUUCUAUAUAGUGGGGCUUAUUCCGCUGUCAUGUGUGAUACAGCUCCUUGACAUACAGUCCAGGAAUUUUGAGGUAUUACAGAGGUUUGAGUUUCUGAGACUCAUGGCAUAUAGCACCUACUGCGCUAUUGGUGUGAUAAGCUCCUGGAACAUGUUCAGCUGGCUAUACUUUCUUGAUGAUACUUUGUGGGAGAGAAGAGAAGCUAAGCAAAAAGCGCACUGA